AGGGAUUAGAGGACACACACGCACACACACAUACACGCGCACACAAACACACACGCACACACACACGCACACACACACUCCGUCACGCGUUCAUCUGGUCUAACUAACGGGAAACGUUCGAUUCCGGGUUGUGGUUCACGGUGGUUCACCGGUCGAUCAGCGGGAGCGACGGGAAUGUCUCCCCCGAAGAAGAGCAGCUCCGCUGGGUGUUGAGCAUGAGACGACCUGAAGAUAAGUACUGCCGCCACUACUUCUACUACUACCACUACUACCAGUACUACCGCAACUACUGCAGUAGUACUGCAUACGACAGGAAGAGGCCGGGGUGUGAGGCCGCCCGGUGACAUCAGUUCUCCCCGGCAGAGGAAGCAGGAGACGGGGGAGAAGAUGAGAGGCAGAGGGGGGCUGCUGGAGGUCUGUGUACUACUACUGCUGCUAGGAGAGAGUACAGAAUCUCCGCAGACCCAACACCUCCUCUCCUAUCAGCUGACGGUCCCUCGACCAAUAGGAGGCAGGCUGAGGCGGGAUGUGGACGGCAGACUGCCCAGUCAGGUGUCGUACGUCGUCAGUGUGGAUGGAAACGAUCACGUUGUUCAUCUGGAGAGAAACGAACUUCUGCUUCCUGCAGACUUCACUGUGUUCUCCUACAGUCGGAACGGAUCAGUGAUCACCACCAGACCACCUGUACAGAACCACUGUCACUACCGGGGCUUCGUUCAGAACAUGGAGGGUUCAUCUGUCGCUAUGAGCAUCUGCAACGGCCUCAG